UAGGUCCAUUGAAAUCAAACUGGUGUCCAUGUAUUUGGAGGCAAUUUUACUACAUGGGCUUGUGUAUUAGGGUUCCCGAUUUCGUUUUUUCCCCCAUAAACUUUCAUAUCAUCAACAUUACUGUUUUCCUAUCUUAGCGGUUAACAAUGAGUAUGUCCUGUCCCAGUAAGAAUUAUGUAAUGCGAUUAAGAAAUGCUCCCUAUUAAUAUAAAUAAGACACAUCCUAAGAGAGCCGGGCGCAUGUCCGCUUCCCCGGGAGCAGUACGACCCGCCGCUGCGCCGCACCAUGUGCGCUCCUCCCCGCGCUCAAAUUGUGAGCUGCCGGCUGGAAUGUGACGGAAGAUCGGGGCGGCCGGCGACGGAAUUCGGGAGCAGAAAGAGGGUCUUUAUAAAGCCUCCAUGGGGGCAAAUGAGAGAGUCGUGUGGUGAGAGCGGUGACCGGUCUCCCGUAACAAAAGCGGAGCGCCGGUCCAGGGCGGCUCAGAGAGGAGCGGCUUUUCCUCUGAAAGGCAGUUUGGACGCUGCAGAAAGCCAGCGUAUAAACCCGGCGCCGUCUCCCUUUGUGUCGCCCACAAGCUUUACGGAACCUGCUUCCUGUGACAGGGCCACGAGUCUGGGCUACAGGGCAGCCCCCCCUCCCCCCCGAUGAGGUAACUGCAACCGCCUUGGAGCUCGUGGGCCUUGCCGUGCCAGCCGCGGCACCAUGGCCAGAAGAUCUCUGGCAGCAUCAAGGCCGUGGACGCGCGGGGCGAGCCUGCCUUGCGGCCCGCCAGGAGGGAGCUGAGCGGGCCCGACUUCUGCCGUCCGGCGCGGCUGGAUCUGCUGCUGGACAUGCCGCCGGCGCCGGCUGCGGUGCAGCUGCAGCAUGCCUGGAACCCGGACGACCGCUCCCUCAACAUCUUCGUCAAGGAGGAUGACCGGCUCACCUUCCACCGCCAUCCAGUGGCCCAGAGCACGGACUGCAUCCGGGGCCGCGUGGGCCACGUGCGUGGCCUGCAUGCCUGGCGCAUUCAGUGGCCUGCCCGGCAGCGAGGCACACAUGCCGUGGUGGGCGUGUCCACUGUGGCAGCCCCACUGCACUCGGUGGGCUACACUGCACUCGUGGGGAGUGACGCGGAGUCUUGGGGGUGGGACUUGGGUCGGAACAAGCUCUACCACGACAGCAAGAACCAUGGGCCGGCGGGCGCGGCCAGCUACCCUGCCUUCCUGCAACCGGAGGAGACCUUUGUGCUGCCUGAGUCGCUGCUGGUGGUGCUGGACAUGGACGAAGGCACGCUUAGCUUCAUGGUGGACGGCCAGUACCUGGGCGUGGCCUUCAGGGGGCUCAAGGGCAAGAAGCUGUACCCCAUCGUCAGCGCGGUGUGGGGGCACUGCGAGAUCACCAUGGGCUACAUCAACGGCCUGGACCGUAAGUGCAACCCCCCCCCCUCCCCAGCAUAGUGCCACACAAACUGUGUACGGUGCAGUUAGUAUGCAGUGGGUGGGGGUAGGGCUUCCAUCGAGUUGAGGUUGAAAAAGCGUAAAUGAGAGCAGUGUUUUUAUUUCACGAAAUCGCUGAAUCCAAGUGAAUUUCUUCCUGUGAAGGUGCUGAUUCGUUAUCCUGAGCACGGAUCGAUAUUCCCGCACUUCCAUGCAGUCGGAGGAGGGUGGGGGUGUUCUCUUUUAAGACUCCCGCAGUGGAUAUAGAAUAGGGACUGGGGUUGGGGUUGUUCACAUUGCAUAUCCCUGGGUGUCUGUCCCCCCCCCCCCAUCAUCUGUGAACCCGGCCCUUGGUUCUCUGGGGUGGGCCCAGGCCCCUCUGCAGACAGAGUUCUGGCGUUUUUAUAACUGAUAUCGUACCGUGAUGAUAAUGUCCCCCUCUGGGCCAUAAUGCUGUGAGUCACGCAUUUCUGGAGCUGUGAACCUCUUAUGUAAGGUGCUGCCCCGACCGGGUCAGUCAAGCAUGAACACAAUGUCGCCGGUGGCCUACCAGGGCUCCAGGGCCCGGGGCAGAGGUGGGUGGGCUGCAGGUAGCGGGUGGGGGUCACGGUGGACCCCCCCCCCCCAUACACACAUGCACACUGGCAUGGUGAACGUUUCCCAGUAACUUUAGGACAAGCCCCUGUCAUUCUCAGCUCCCAGAUGAUCCAGGUUUAGGCCGAGGGGUCCGAGGCAGCUUCUGCGGAGCCUGUUAUCCACCCUGCGAUGGCUCUGUGACUCCAGUGUGAUUACCCAUCCCUGUCUGGGUCAAGAUAAUGAGUUCAGAACUGGGUUAAGCACCUGGAGAGUGUGUGUGUCUGUGAGCAGUUGAGUGCAGGAACUCGGUCGUCGGAGGCAGGAGGAGAACGUGGAUUGUGAUUCUGGGUAGUUGACGUCCUAUCAAGCUUGUAAUAUGACUGAACUUCUGUCUAAGCCAGGGAGCCCUAAACGAAGGCAGAGAGGAGGUGUAAAUCCCCCGCACUGAUUGCCCUCCCCCCCCAGCUCGCGCACACAAACAAACAAAGGAACGUUCGCUCCGCUUUUGUGAUGCUGGACUCUGACUCCGCCCCCUGCUGCCAAAGCCUGUGGUGUCUCUCAUCUGGGAAAUGGCAGCGGUGUGCCAGAUGUCUGUCCCUGUAUAAACAGCUGUGCGGGUCAGUGGAUUUACGUGAGUCUGGAGCGCUGGUCUCUGCCGCUGGUGCUUAUUAUGGGCUGUGAUUAUGAGAGUUCCUGGCCCUGUUGCUGGGUCUUUGGUUUGCGACCCUCUGGGUUUGUGUUUUUGAUGCUGAAUCCGGUGGAUUUUGAAAUGCUCCGCUUUUUUGACAAAUUCGAUCUCUGCACUUACGGACAUUAAACGUUUUAUUGCCCAGGAAGUGGACUGGCUUUCAGGUUGACAGGCCGUUGCGUGGUUCCUGGGAUGUUCCCUCCCACGGCCUGGCCGCUCUCCUGUCCCCACCCGCCGGCAGCGUUGGAGCGUUCCAUUGCUUUACUCCCUCCGCCGCCAUGUUUGCUGUAGGUUCCUCUCAGUUGUAUAACCAUGUUCCCUUAGUAGGGCUCGGAAUUCCUAAAUGGUCAGAUGCCAGGCUCUUUAUGAUUCCGGAUCUCUGUUUGUUUUUUCUGUCGGGGGGCUUCCUGAAGCGGGCCACUUCUGUCUUUAAAUGACCCCCCCCAACUCAAACCCCCUUGUUGCUGUCUAAAGGAGGUUUUGUAUUCAGAGGUGAUAUUUGGCCUGAGAGGUAUUGACAGGCCGGGCAUAUGGAGGUAUUUCCCCCCCACCUCUUUAAGCCCCCACCCCCCCCACGUUUCCCGUGUUGUAUCCGUUUCAUGUGGUCUUCAUUACUACACCUCUCCCACACAAACUCGCCAACUGGCUGAAUAUAAACCAUCUUCACUUAAGUUCCGCUCACAUAAUCCUAUUUACCUCUUUUAAAGCUGGGUGUGGGAGAUGCAGUCAGGAGGACGGAAUUCCGAAAGGAUGGCUUUGGAGCGCCACGGGAAUGGCUGCUUCAUGGAGCGGAA